AGGGCUCGAGUCUGGCGCAAGAGAGAGGCAGGUGCCCACGGCCGGGGGCGCGCGGGGGGCCUCAUGAUGGCGCCGGCACCGCACUGCGACGAGGCGGCGAGGGCCACGAGGUCCUCCACCCCGUGGCAGCCUGACGCGAAGCCGAUGGACGCCAAGCUGAUGUCCACGCGAAUGCACAGCCUCGCGAGCUCCCUGACUUCCGCCGGGGACGACGUCUGCUCGUGGGGGGGCUCCGCCGAGGACGACGAGGUCGGGGAGGCCUGCGUGUUCAUGCCGAACGGGUCCUGGAGCUUCUGGGCCGCCUUCUCGCUCGACGGCCACAUGGAGGAGGAAGAGGAGAAGCAGGACGGCGCUCCGCUGCUCUUUGAGUACCAGCUAUUUGGGCUCGAGGGCAUCGACGAGCCGCCGGCCACCGCCGUCGCGGCCCGCGGGGAGGCGGCC